CAGGACUCUGAACACAUCCCGAAGCCGAAGCAGGACGUCCGACAGGACUAGGGGAUAAAGUUUUACCAUCUUUACCCUGUCCUUUUAUACUUUUUGUGGUUUAACCGUACAAUGUGAGGACAAUGGCCGGGACAAGCGCUGAUUGGGUGGAAAUCCUUGAGCCCCGUUCGCAAGAGCGCAUGUACGUGAAUCUGGCAACGGGAGAGUGUGGCUGGGACCUGCCCACCGAUGUGCCCAUCCGCCAGGCUGAUGUCAACCAGUGGUGGGAGCUUUUUGACCCCCAGAGUGGCAGGUUUUACUACUACAACUCUGCUGGCCGCAUGACUGUGUGGCACAGACCUCAGGGUGCAGAUAUUGUCCCUCUGUCUCAGCUCCAGGUCAUGAAACGCAGCACUGCAUCUGAGCGCAAGGCUGAUGGGGGUACUAGGGAACGACAACAUGGGAAUCAGUCCACAGGGAGUCAAGAUAGACGCACCCCUCUACCACCCAUGGAGCCCUACACUAAAGAGCCAGAAUGUGCCGGCAAAGAGCCUAAACAACAAGAAAUGGACAACAGACAGAAACCAGACAUCCACAGCGUAGACAGCAGCAAAGACUCACUCAGGGAAGAGCAAAGAGACACAUCUCAGAGGUGGCAGCCCUCUCCUGGAUCCAAAGCCGCCAUGUUGGUAAAGGUCAGCAGCAUUGGCAGAAGCCAGACAAGAGGAACCAGCGGAGCCACUUCCCUUCAUCUCCCACAGAGCAAAGCCAGUGACCAUAGUGCCUGCACACUGAAUACUGGCAGUGUCAAAUCUGUUUCAGGCUACAUGCUGUCACCACAGGCUUACAAAACCACACCAGGAGGAAAAAUAGCAGCAGACACAAGGCAGGCCCACCACUUGAGGAAGGCGAGCAAUGGCAGCUUCUGCCUGGUGACCUCUGGGGACUCGGCAGCAUCUCUCCGGCCACAGCCUAGCUCACCUAGGCCAGUAUCUCCUCAGUAUGGAGCAACCGCACGCCUCUAUGAUGAUCCAUCAUCUGAUUACCCCAUUUACGACGAGCCUCCAGUAGAUAUGGAGGUUGAAGGUGCUCACCUACAUAACGGCCCAUCUAGACACAUUCUCCAGAAGGUCAAACUUCACCAGCACCCGGGUCAGUCUCACGCCAGCUCCAGACACAAGAGAAACCCAUCGGACUAUAGUCCAGCAGGCUUGGAGUGUAUCAAGCACAUGGUGAAUGUAGACCCCAAACAAGAGCUUCUUUCCACCUCACCAGUCCCCUCUCCCAGCCCCUCUCCAACCUCAGCAUCCGAAUCUCUGCUUCUCCCAACAAGGGUGCUUCAGAAAGAGCCCACCAGCCUGGAAAAGAUGCAGUCAUGGAGGAUCCUAGAAGCAAGUGCUCUUAGAGCCAUGGAAGUUCACCACAGCCGGCAGGGCAGCCACGGAUCUCAGGACUAUUCAACACCACCACCUCCCGCCAUUAGCUACCAAGACUCAGGUUAUUCAACUGGCCCAUCUCCCAGUCUGUGGAGGAAAAGCAGGAGGAGGAUAGGUGCCGGGGCCCAGGGCCGACCCGGGUCUGUGGGCAGCACUGGGGAACUCACAGCCCUAAACGAGCGCCUGAUAGAAGAGAUGAGGGAGGUGGUUAGUCGCUCAAAUACCAUGCGGGAGACCAAAGCUAGUCUGGACUCUGAGAUGUCGGAGAGCUCUUCCUCCCAGCGCACCCACAGUGUGGGACGGUGCUCCUCCAGGGAGGACAUUGCAUCUUGUAGCAGGUCACUAAGCAGAACAAGUAACCAUCCCAGUAUGGCCUUCACACCUCUGGAGAUUCCGGGACGACAGAAGAGGACUUAUGAAAAGGUGGACACGCUUGAGAAGAGUGUGACUUUGUCCUCACCUGAGACUGCCGGACCCCCUUCACAGGUGGGAACUCUGGAGCCAACGGUCCAGUUGGAUAGUAGAAAGAAAGGUAUGGUAGAUGGCAGAACGGGCUCACUUGGCCCUCAUCGCCACAUAGCCAGCGAUACCAAUUUGCAGGCAGGUGAUGGUAGGGCUUACCAGAUUUCCUACGCCACCCUCCGUCAACCCCCACCCCCAGAUGCCAACAUGGCUGAUUGGGCCAGCAAGCACCUAAACAUGCACACCCAGGGCCUGUUCCGCCGCCGAGUUUCCAUCGCCAACAUGCUGUCCUGGAACCGAGGCUCCAUCAAGAAGCCCAUGCUGAUGACCAACGACCGCACUGUUCGCAAAGAAGCCUGCGAGAUGUUUAAGCUCGUCCAGGCGUACAUGGGAGACCGACCCUCACGGCUGGACCGGCGCCAUGCGGCUCUCCUCAUUGUCACUAAGUGCUGGGGCAUGCAGGGACUGAGGGACGAGCUCUACGUCCAACUGGUGAGGCAGACCACAGGCAACACCAGCCCACGCAGCCUGGCAGCAGGCUGGGAGCUCAUGGCUGUGUGCCUUGCCUUCUUCGCUCCUUCACCCAAGUUCUGCUGCUAUCUGGAAGGCUACAUUCAGCGACACAUGGAGCCAGUCAGUGACAAGAAAAUAACACCGUACAUUUUCGACCAGCAGGAUAUUAAGAAGAAGAACUCAAAGUCAAGGAAGAAGAGGAAACAGAACUCAGAGGAAACAGAAGCUCUCCCCAUCAGCACAUAUGCCAAGUACUGCUACCGGAAGCUCCAGAAAGUGGCGGUCACUGGAGGGAAAAAGGGUCUUCGUAAGCCUAGUUUGGAGGAAGUGGACCACAGUCGGCGUUUCAUCAUGACCCCUUCGCUGUUCGGCAGCUCUCUAGAGGAAGUGAUGGAGCGGCAGAGUGAACUCUUCCCAGACAGGAAGUUGCCGUGGGUGCAAGUGCAGCUGUCACAGUAUGUGCUGGCUCUGGGUGGAGCGCAGACUGAGGGCAUAUUCAGGGUUCCUGGUGACAUUGAUGAAGUCAAUGCACUGAAGCUUCAGGUGGACCAAUGGAGGAUUCCUGAAAAUCUGUCAGAACCCAAUGUUCCUGCCUCUCUGAUGAAGCUGUGGUACCGUGAGCUGGAGGAGCCUCUCAUUCCCAUGAGCUUCUACAAGCAGUGUGUCAGUAACUACGAUGAUCCUGCGGCAGUCAUCAGGGUGGUGCAGUUGCUGCCUGAGCUCAACCGACUGGUGCUGUGCUACUUCAUCCACUUCUUACAGGUUUUUGCUCAGCCUGCAAACGUUGCAGUAACUAAAAUGGACGUGAACAACCUUGCUAUGGUAAUGGCUCCUAAUUGCCUUCGGUGCCAGUCGGACGACCCCCGUGUCAUAUUUGAGAACACUCGCAAAGAGAUGUCUUUCUUGCGAAUGCUCAUAGUACAUCUGGACACAAGCUUCAUAGAGGGCAUUGUUUAAAGUUCUUGUUACUUCUUAUUAGCAGAACACGAAUCAGUGAUACACAACCAACCUGCUCACAAACACAUUCACAAAAAUGGCAUUGUGGACAAAAUCUAAACAAAACAUAGAACAAAAGUACACUUUUAAGGAUGAUUGUGUGUGUGUGAUUUUUUUGUUUUUGUUUUUGAGUGGAAAACUCAAAACUGUUUCACUGUUACUUUCGUUAGUUAGGUGUGUUCUGUCCACUUCAUUGUUAUAAAGACUGUUGAAGUUGAAAUUAAUUGAUGGUAACAUGGCAGAAAUUUCAUGCCUUUAUCCCAAGUUCUUUGCAUGUUCAAGAAAUGCAUGAAAAAAAAUGCAAAUCUUCAUGUUAAUGGUUUACAUACAUUAAUGUGCAUUGCAAGGGUCAAAGUUAAAAGUAACUUGCAUGGAUGCAUUGCUUUGUGAGCACUCAAAUGCUGUUUGCUUGUUUUGUAUAGUAAGUCAGUGACAGGCAGUAAGAAACCACUUUAUUUUGUUUGUUUUCUGACAGUAUCUUUGUGUAUUUGUGGAUUUAAAAAAAAAGAUCAUGUGUUAUGUGCAGGACAAAUGUAUGUGCGUUGUAUUUGUUCUUAGUUUGAUCUGAAAGCUUUAACUAUUUAAAAGAGAAAAAUAGGUUUUGUUAGAUAGGGUGUGAAUGUUUCAUACUCUAUUUGAAGUACAGUAUUUUGAUAAGUGAACGUUUUCUAUUUUAUUUUAUGAUUUUAUGUUUUGUUUUGUAAAAGCUAUUAUUAUUCCCUGAUAGUCAGUAAUGUCAUUCAUGCAAAAUUGUCCAGAGUCUUGAAAUGGUACAUUUUCAGCUCCCAUCGGAAUUCAUUUGUAAAUGAAUUAAAUGUAUUAAGUGAUAAUGGAAUGGAAUUAAAUGCCAUUAUAUGAUGCCUGUGAAAUAGCAUUUGAAGAAUUUAAAUCUUGAAAAAGAGUAAAUAAGAUCCAUGACUUAUCUAAAAAGACACCCUUCGUGUAAUCAUGUUCUUUUUGAGUCUUUGUAUGUAAAUAAAGCUUUGAAAAUAGUCCUGCUUAUUUUACUGACGUUACGUAUAAAUGUAAGUUAGUGGUGGUGAGUUGGUGGCACAUAGAUGAAAAAAAUAUAAACACUUUAGUCUUUUGUGCAAUCGGCAGAUUGUGUAUGAGCAAAAUAUUCUAUACAAACUUUGGAUUGUGUAUGUAUUUUGUGUGAAAUGGAUGUUGAGGAAUAUAAUAAAGUUUCAUAAAGAUGU